UCGCUAACCAAAACGGAAAUUACAUAUUUACCCUGAAUAUUUUAACUUUAAAAGUCGCGUUUUAUUUAUUUUAUUCCGUCUCCACUCUCUUCCACUCGCGCGUUAGUCAUAUCCUCGUUGCCUCGUCUCCGCCCGCCGCCGCGGUUCAACACUCUCCGGCCAACUUUAACGGCACAGGGCCUCACCUACAACUGAGACGGGCCUGCACUUACGCACCCACAAGUGGAGGUUUGGUGAGGUUUAGGUUUGGUUUGUUUACACAUUUUUAUAUUUCCACUACAUCUGAUAGAAACAAGAGCUAAUUAAUAUCUUACAUUGACUGCAUCUAGUUAUGUGUCGGUGUCUCAUUUGAUCAAAAAGUGCGGCUAUAAACGUAAGAUAAUUGGAGAGUACAACAAUCAUCCAAAAGCAAAAAUUAAACUAAAUGGAAAUGGCGACAAGUUUUCUGUUUCCACCUCCUCCGUCGAUAUUGGUCAAUACUAUGACCGUCGUUGGUUUAGCCGCUCUGCCGGUUAUGGUUCUGUCGGAACUGAGAGGAAACAAUCUGAAAUACUCCAAAUUCAACAACAACAACGCAUCAUCAUCACCAUCAUCAUUAUCAUCAUCAUCACAGCGAUUCAGCAGCGUAUCGAGCAGAACCGGAAUGCUUUGUCUAUACACACCAGCGUUUCUAGCCGCUUCGGCUUCUUUCUUCCUCUCACCUUCUCAAGAUCUCAGAUUCCUCCUCCUCAAAUCAGCACUCUCGCUCCAUUUCUUCAAAAGGAUCUUCGAGGUUCUGUUCAUUCACAAGUACAGUGGAGAGAUGGCCUCAGACGCAGCUUUCACCAUAUCCAGCGGCUAUUUCUCAUCAGCUGCGUUGGUGUUGUACAGCCAAAGCUUCACUCCGGGACUACCCGAGCCGGGUUUGGAUCUGAAAUUCUAUGGGGUUGUCAUGUUUGUGGUGGGGAUUGUUGGGAAUAUGUAUCACCAUGUUCUGCUAGCUAAGCUGAGGAAAGAAGGUGAAGGGGGUGGGAAGAAAGAGUACAAGAUACCAAAAGGUGGUCUGUUUGGUGCAGUCAUAUGUCCUCAUUACAUGUUCGAGAUACUUGUGUUUUGGGGCUUCUUUAUGAUUUCUCAGACCAUUUACUCGAUGUCUUUGGCCAUGUCAACUACUUUCUAUCUUGUGGGUCGGAGUUAUGCUACGAGAAGAUGGUAUCUUUCUAAGUUUGAUGACUUCCCUAAGCAUAUCAAGGCUCUCAUUCCCUUUGUUUUCUAGAGAUUAUUCUACUACCAGAUAUUUGUUUAUUUCUCUCGACUGGUUUGUUACAUUAGUGGGGAAAUAACAUAGUAAUACAUUGUGAUUUAUGGCAUUAAUAGAAGUUUCGUAUAGGACUCUCAUUGUAAACUUAAAGUUGUUUCUUUGACAAGUUUUAGUUUUUUAUAUAAUUUUAAAAUUAAUAAA